CAUCACUCCACCGCUUCCUCUCACUUCUCUGUCCUCUUUUUCUUAUAACCUCUCUUAUGACGACACUUUAUUCCUCUUCUUCUUUUUUUCCUUCCCUUCAAACUCUUUAUAUUAUUCUCCAGCACUUCACCACUUCCAACUUCAUUUCACCACAUACCCAUGCUUUUGUGCUUUUUCCUCAAAUUCAUGUUCCCCGCAUAUAUACCAUUAACCUUAAACACACGCAUCCCUUUGACUCCACAAUCUAAAAUCUUCCCAUGUUUCUAUUCGAGGAUCUCUGGCUAUUGCAACGCCUCGACCAUGCCGUCGCAAAAUCUCGUCUCUUUUCAGAAUCAAUUUUGGAAUCUGUACAUGAUUUCACGACGAACCCUAGCUGCGAAGGAAGCGAAUCAGAUGCGUGUCGUGACGAGUCAACGGCUUUGGCGCUGAAAUUCGUGGCCAUGGCGGCGAUUCUGGUGGCGGGAUUCGCGGGAAUUUUGAUUCCGUUGGUCGGGAAGCACCGGCGGCUUCUGCGCCGUGACGGGGAGGUUGUUGCGGCGGCGAAGGCGUUUGCGGCGGGGGUGAUUCUCGCGACGGGGUUCGUUCACAUGUUGACGGACUCGUGGGAGGCGCUGAACCACCCUUGUCUACGGCGGUACACGUGGACGCGGUUUCCGUUUACGGGAUUCUUCGCGAUGCUGGCGGCGUUGCUUACUCUGUUGGUUGAUUUUGUGGCGACUCAGUAUUAUGAGCGGCGGCAGGGUGGUGGUGGUGAGGGGCGGGGGAGGGUGGUUGACGGUGGCGGUGACGCUGAGGAGGAGGAGGAGGAGGGGAUUGUGGAGGUGGUUAGGGAAGAGGGAAUGCACGUUGUGGGGGUGCAUGCUCACGCGGCGCACCAUGGACAUUCCCAUUUGUGCCACGGUGGCGAAAAGGAAACGCACAGUGGGGGCCACGUUCACUCUCACUCGUUCGGAGGUGGUGAUGACGUGGAUUCUAGCGUCCGCCACGUCGUCGUUUCACAGGUUUUGGAACUUGGGAUUGUAUCACACUCCAUAAUAAUUGGGCUAUCCCUAGGUGUUUCUCAAAGCCCAUGUACCAUGAGGCCCCUAAUUGCAGCACUAUCCUUCCACCAAUUCUUUGAAGGUUUUGCACUCGGUGGGUGCAUCUCCGAAGCCCAAUUCAAGACAUUAUCAGCAACCAUAAUGGCUUGUUUUUUUGGACUCACAACGCCAUUGGGUGUUGCCAUUGGAACCGCUAUUUCCUCUAAUUUUAACCCUCAUAGUCCUGGAGCACUCAUCACAGAAGGCAUCUUGGACGCGUUCUCAGCUGGGAUCUUAGUGUACAUGGCUCUGGUGGAUUUAAUAGCUGCGGAUUUUCUUAGCAAGAGAAUGCGUUGUGACUUUAGGCUGCAGAUAGUUUCAUACUGUUUGCUUUUCCUUGGAGCUGGAUCGAUGUCUUCACUAGCAAUGUGGGCAUGAUCCUUUUCAGUGAUUUUGUAUUAUAAUUUGUAUAUUUUUCAAUGUUUGAUAGGUGCUGGUCGCGGUGGUAGAUAGUACUUGUUCGACCUAUAAAUUACUAUCGCAUAAUUGGAACUGGAUGUGGUUGAAAGUAGUUUUUCAAUGCCUGAUGGGAGAACUUUGAUUUUCACCAUAUCCAAUUCAAAUUGCGAUAGUAAUUUAUAUCACCAAAAAUAUUAAUUUAUUUCUCAAUAUUGACCUAACUCUUGAUCCGAGAAGAUAGGUUACAAGAAAAUGUAAGCUUCAUAAUUCAGGCAAAGUGUCAGAUGUAGCUCCAUUAGUGGGUCAGCGGAUCAAAUGUUUGCAAAGCUGUGGAAGAUUAAAACAAUGCCAAAUGUGCUUUCCCUAGCUUGGCGAGUACUGCUAAAUCGAAUUCAAACGAGGGGAAACUUAAAUAAAA